CUGUUUCUUUCAACAACAAGUUAAUAACAUUAAACAGAGCUGUGCCGCCAAAACAGAAAGAAUGAGCGUUGAAUUAGUCCCUAUUAACACUGCCAAAGAUGUGCUUGUGCACUCUGAGGAUGGCAAUACAAAAGAAAACCUCAAUUUCUCUUUCUCCUUUGAAAACAUGCCGAUAUCAGGAAAGAUUGCCGUUAUCGGAGCCGCAACAGUCGUCGGUAUCGUCGCAGGCCCUGCCGUUGUCACCACUGCCAUUACUAGCGCUGGCUUUGGCUCUGGUGGAAUCGUAAGUGGAAGUCUAGCUGCAACGUUUAUGUCCUCAUAUGGAGGUGCUGUUGGCGCUGGCUCUGCUUGUGCGACUCUCCAGUCUAUUGGCGCAGCUGGACUAGGAGUAACUGGGACAGUUCUCUCUGGAGCGGCAGUAGGUGCUGCAUCCGCAGCAACUGCAGCAAUAGGAACCUUGGAGGGAGUUCAAGAUGGAGUGAAAGCUGCAGCCUCAGCCGCAGCCUCGGGUGCUUCAAUUGCUGCACAGGCCACAGUCUCUGCUGCAGCCUAUGGUGCCUCAAUUGCUGAACAAGCUAUAGCUCCCGACGCUGCAAAGGUCGUAGCAGUCAAUGCGUCUCUUGGAGUAAACACAAUAGCAAGUGGAGCGAGUGCAGUAGGAGUUGGAGGAUUAUACUUUGCUCAAGCCGUAUAUAGAGCAGCAACAGGAAGAGAGAAGAAAAAGAGAGAAUAAUAAAAAAUAAGAAUGGGCAGGUCACAAGUGUUUCAGAGCACAGCAGCUGGUUUAUAUUUACAUAGUCAUUCCCCUUUUUGGUUAGCUUCAUCUUAUUCAGG